AUGGGCCUUCCCCUUUUCCAGGCCCCUGUCGAGUCUGACAUCUCCUCCAAGCCGGCACUCAAGAACCCUGCAGACCCCGCGACUGCGCGAUCACCCAUCCGUCGUACUGAUCGACGACGCGUUCAUGAGAUUCGUGCGCAUCGCCUCCAAUUGCUUCACGUCUUGCAGGGUAAUGACAUUGGCGCCUCUGACACCGCCAGCAAUACGGAGCGCGACCGUGUGCCGUCUGCACCCCGAUCGCGACCAGCUGAGGUCGCCAGACCGUCUGUUCGUGUGCGCCGCAAUGACAUCUGGAACGACCCUGCUUUCGACCACGAGUCCAUAAGAGAAUGGGACACGCGUUUAGCCAGCCAGCCAGGUCCGGCUGAGCGUAUCAGCCCGCCGUAUCCUUCCAUUUCUUCUCUUCCCGAUCCUCACUCAUCACUAUUUGCCGAGGAUGGUUUACUGCGCGUGCAAGGAAACGCUUACUAUGACAUGGCUCGCGCGGGAUCGCAUCGAUAUGAUGAUCACAGUCGCUCUGUAAGCCGGGAGCGAUCUGCGCCCCGCCGCUCGCGUGAACCAUCACAAGCUUCGGGGCGGCCACCAUUCCCACCGUUUUCGUCGUUUGGCCGUCGUAGUAGUUUUGAUUCCACGACUCCUGUGCAUCUGAGGAGCGAAAAUGGUGACAGAAGCCCAGACAGCAGCGCCUUGCGCCGAAUUCUGGGGGUGUCUGUGCCUGCUUUCACACCGAGGUCACACCGGGGCUACCGCCGCUAUUCCAGGCAUUUGAGCGGAAUUAGCGACCGAGGUCGUGGCUCUGGUAGACAUCUUGAUGGCUCUGGCGACCGCGACCGCGACCGUAGCUAUGAUCGAGACCUCGGCGGGCUUGGUGAUCGGGAGCGUAGUCCAGAGGAUGACAGUGCCUGGGAUACUCUGCAAUCUUCUAUCACUCCUGAUCCACAUGCGCCGAGCGUUGGUUCCUCGUUUGCGUCCACGACUGUUUCUGCUGCUGCAUCUCAUACUACUGGAAAUUCGUCCAACACGUCAAUCACUAACCCGGAAGAUGGCAUUGAACCACCAUGCGAUCCAGUCGACCAGGAUGCCAACAGUGAUAACGAAGAUGACACAGAAGCAGAAUUACGAACUGAAAUCCUUUACAGACAGGCGACGCCACACAGUGGACGUCGUCCCUUCAUUGAUGGGGUUACAGACGCGCACAACUCUGCAGACGAGGACAGCACUGAUAAUCUUGAGUGGUUGUCACAGAUGCAAAGCAUCGUUCAAGGAUUGGCUGCCCGACAGGACAUUCCUGACCAGUGGUGGGCUGCGGUUGGUCUCACUCGAUCCAUGACUUCGGAAUAA